AUGAGCAUUCGUAUAUUGGGCUCGUUCCAGCAUGCCGAGAAGGCGGAAGAGAAACGUAUGCAGCUGCAUGUAGUGCUAGCGCAAGUCACCCCGAACGAGCUGGGAAAGGGAGAUGUGCGCGCCAUCCUGCCGCGUAUGCGUGAGCUCACGGAGAUAGCGGCGAAGCAGGGCGCUGACGUGAUUGUGUUUCCAGAGUACUUCCUUACCGGUUCUUCGCACGAGGCAUGGCAUCAGGUGCGCUGGCACGAUCCGAUCAACAGCAAGGAAGAGGACCCAGACUGGCUUGCUAUUAUUCAGGAUAUGGCGCGGACCAACGAGAUUGCGAUUGUUACAGGCUCGGCUGUCGUAUUGCAUGAUGACGACCCGACACAGCAGCUGUACAACAUCACGUACUUUAUCGACUACCGCGGUCGGAUUCGAGGCUCGUAUACCAAGCGCCAUCUGUGGCAUGCCGAGCGUGCGAUUCUCUCGAAUGCCACAGACGAGUCGCAUCCUGCGAAAGACUACCCGCCCCUAUUUCUGUUCAAGACCAAGCGUGGGCUCAAGCUGCGUGCCUCGAUGUUGAUGUGUUGGGACCUCAUGUUCCCUGAAUCGUUCCGACGUCUGUUGUCAGCGCCAGGUCGUUUUUCGUCCGACCUGGAUGAGAAGGACCGCUUUGCCGGCCCGGAUGUGGUGUUUGCGCCCACGUGUUGGUAUGCUGACGAUUCUGGACCUCGUGCCCUUGCCUGGAAUAAGAACUGUGAGGCGGCGUGUCUGGACGCUGUGUGUGUAUCGCGUGCGAUGGAAAACGAGUGCUUUGUAUGCAUGUGCAAUGCAGCCGGUCCUUCGAUAGGCUCGCCGCGUGGACUGGGACACUCGAGCUGCAAUGCACCUUUGCUGGGAUGCAGUGCGCGUGUUGAGGACGAAAAGGAGGCCCUCCUGUUCCAUACCCUUCCUAUUGAAGCGAUGCUCACGGCUCGCGAUAUCUUCAAAAUUCGGCACGAUAUGGGCACUGGCAUUCUCAGUAUGCCGAUGGUGCCUGUGCCAGCGGACAAAGAAGACGAUUCAUAG